AUGGCCACUGUCACCUGGCCCCAGGGUCAGCUUUCCACCUGGAAUGCACCUGAGCUUGCCCCAGUCAUGACCCUCAGCAGGAGAACAGCCUGGCCCUCUGACUUGCGUUUCUCUACACAGCCUGAAAGCAGCCUCCCGGGGUCCUCCCAACCCAGCGAGACCCUCCUGCUGCUGGCAGCUGAGCAGACUAGCAGCAGUUUCUUGGAACUCUCUGGAAGGACUCAGCUCACAGCCAACAGAAGCACUGAUACUGCCAUCAAAAUAAAGUGUUCCAGCAGCCACAAGACACCCUUGCCAGUGGUGUCACAGGUCAAUGUGAACACACCCCUGAGAGCCACCUUGAGCCACAGCCUCUGGGAAUAA